CUGAACUUUUUGCAGAGCGCGUCACACCUUAGAAAUAUAAAUAAUAGCUAAAGCUCCGCCCAUGGCCUCACCUGGCCACCUUCGUCACCUGUUUGCUCCGCCCACCGAUGAUGUCACAGACCUGACUUUCAGGGUUGCUGACAUAAACGAGUGGAAUGAGAAGCAGCAGCUGAACGAUGAUGGCGGACGGAAUGGCCAACGAAAUUUUCUCUGAGCAGGAGUUGACCUGUUCCAUCUGCCUGGACCUGUUCACUGACCCGGUCUCUACUCCCUGUGGACACAACUUCUGCCAGGCGUGUAUUGGUGGGUACUGGGCCUCCAGUCCGGUCUCCACCUGUCCCCUAUGUAAGCGCCAGUUUGACGAGCGUCCUUAUCUCAGCAUCAACAAAGUUUUCGCUCUCAUCUCUGAUAAGUACAAACAGACCCGUUAUGGAGCCACAGGAUUCUCAGCACCUAUGAAAAACGGGUUACUAGACGCCAUGGAAGAUGAACAGAGCACCAACCCGUUCUGGUCGCCCCCUCCAGCCCCAGCAGCUGCUGAGGACGUGGUGUGGUGUGAUGUCUGCACAGGUAUCAAACAGCCAGCUGUCAGCUCCUGCCUCACCUGCACCGCCUCCUACUGCUCUGAACAUGUCCAGCCUCAUCACACCACGCCCUUCUACUCCAAACACCCACUGAUGGACCCCCAGGAGGCCCUCAGGGGCCGGACCUGCUCUUCACAUCGACGGCUGCUUGAGGUUUACUGUAAGACCUGUGAGCGCUGCAUCUGCGCCAUCUGUGUUCUGGAGGAACACCGGACUCACAAAACCGUCUCUGUGCAGACUGAGAGACUCUGGAAACAGAAACUGGUGGCCAGGACGGAGCAAGAAAUUGUAAAUUGUGUCAAGGAGAAGGAGAUCCGUGUGAGCAACCUGAAGAGGAAUCUGGAGGGUGUUCAGAACUACGCAGACAAGGAACGCAGUGAAGUUGAACUGCUUCUGAAUGAAGCCUCAGCUUCCCUGGACAGAAUCCGGGCUCAUGUGGUUGGUGGGAUUGAGAACCAACUGGAAGCUGUGAGGUCAAAGGGGGAGGGGCGGGUGCACCACCUGGAGAAGGAGCUUAGCCAGUUGAUGGAGAAAAGGGCCACACUGGAGAUCCAGGCCAUCAGUCAGGAUCACAUCAGCUUCCUGCAGAGCUUUGAGGAUGCCACGGCUCCCCUGGACGUGAAGCAGCAGGAUGACGUGGAUGACGACGUCUCAGAUUUUUCACUCCACUUUCAGCUGGACAAUUUGAAGAGCGCUCUGUUAGAAGUGAAGGAUAAGAUGGACGAGAUCCUGGUGGGGGAGCCUCGUCCCAGGGCCUCCAGAGGUUCCAGAGGUUCCAGAGGUUCCAGAGAUGCCCUUUCCCCCACAGAUCUGAUGGCAGCAGAGAGCAUGCUCAGUCUGAGAGGAAGCAAGGCCAGUCUGAGGAUGAGCCAGUUGUCUCUGCGAGAUAUGAAGAAGACAAAACUGGUCACAGGAUACAAAAAAGCGCGGGUCUACAUAGACGACAUCACGCUGAACCCCGUGACGGCGUACCCGUUUCUGAUUCUGUCCCAGGACCGGAAGCAGGUCAAGAGAGGAGAGAAGCUGCAGUUCUUCAAGACCAGCAACCAGAGGUUCGACGUCUGGUCCUGUGUCAUCGCUAAAGAGGGCUUUACCUCUGGACGGCACUACUGGGAGGUGUUUGUUGGGGACAACAAGGACUGGAAACUGGGUGUGGUCACAGAGUCUGCUCAGAGGAAGGGUCUGUUCGACAUGAGUCCAUCUAACGGAUACUACGCCAUCUGGUGGAGCAGCGGCCAACUACGGGCUCUCACCACACCACCUCUCACCAAGGUCAAAGGUCAUCACCCAAAGCUGCGACAGGUGGGCAUUUUCUUGGACAUAGAGGAGGGUCAGGUGUCCUUCUAUAAUGUGAAGGCUGGAACAGAGAUUUACACCUUCCACACAAACUCUGAGUUUAAAGAAAGGAUGGUUCCUCUACUUGGAACUGGUGACAAAGAAGUUCCACUGAUCCUCAUGACCACGCAGAACUAGCUGGCCUGACGGACUAGGCCCAGACCUGGACCUGGAAAAAGACCUGAGAGAAGAACAGCAACACCAUUAGAGCUGCAGGAUGUGGAGAUGCUGUCAGAAAGUCCACAGAUGAAACAUCUGAUCCUUUUCCCCCUACGGGGACAUCUUCAUGUAGCUGAGAGAUUUUUCUUCUGUCCGGAGAAGAACAAAAACUGCAAAAAAUGUUUUUAAUUCCAACAUGUGACAAAACCAAUCUGGGGGAUUUUAGCUCAAGAGACUGAAAUAUUUCCAUCAGACCAGCGAUUUUAAAUAAGUUUCUGUAUUUCCAUGACAAGAAGUCUUGGUGGGUUGUAGAGCUACGAAAGCACAUGUGUGCCAUUAAAAUAUAAAUGCAUAUUAAGUGGCAUGAAUGGAAAUUGUUUUGUUCUAUUCUGGGUUUUAAAUGUUGAGCUUUUCUGCAAAAAUGAGUUUAUAAUAAAAUUAAGAAAAAGAAAGUUAAAAAAUAGACUUAUUAAACAAUUUGUGCUAAAUUGUUUGUUUUGUUUUGUUCUUGUUCAAAAUGUAUUUAAAUAUUGAGAUGAAUAAAAGUCAAAGUCAAACUUA